GUUUGCCGUGUCAAACAUCCGGAAGGGUGGGACCUGUCUUAAAGUUCUGCAAAUCACAUCAGUUUGUGUCAUUUGGCGUGAUUUUCUCUUUGAACGCGUUAAACAGGGUUCCCUGCGUGGUCCUGGGGAAUAAACGGUGUUAAGGAGAAGAACAUGGCGUGUGUUGUGUUGAUUGGUGUUGUGUUGUGGUGUAACACCGCUCACCUGGAUUAGGAGCUCAGGCGCCUGCUGCUUUUCUCCUGCUUGGAUUAGGACUGCACAAUGCUCCUCCGAGACCACUGAAAUCCGGAUUAUUUCCCUCUCACUGAAGAUCUGCUGACCAAAACUUUGGAGGGGUAAAUAAUUUUUCCAAUGCAAGAGGAUUCCUCUCUGGUUAAGAGCUGUCUCAGAUUUUCCACAAAUCACGGUGUACUUUCAGAAACAUUUGUGAGCCCAUUUUACUGGCACUUCUCCAAUCCUUUUAGAAGACAUUCAGAGAAAGAACAUUUGCACUGUUAAAACCUUAAAUGCUAUGAGUGCCCAGCCAAGGAGAAUCCGUCUGAAGCCGUGGCUGCUGGCUCAGGUGAACAGUGGGAAAUACCCUGGCCUCAAUUGGCUGAAUAAGGAGUGUCGCUUAUUUCAGAUACCCUGGAGACAUGCCACACGCCAUCUGCCAACCCCAGAGGAGGAAAACACUAUAUUCAAGGCCUGGGCACUGGAGACAGGGAAGUACCAGGAGGGUGUAGAUGAGCCUGAUCCGGCCAAGUGGAAGGCCAACCUGCGAUGCGCCCUCAACAAGAGCCGUGAGUUUAUGCUGAAGUAUGAUGGUACUAAGGAGACACCAAUGCAACCAUACAAGAUUUAUGAGGUGUGCGAACUGUCAGUAAAUGGAGAUGAGUGUGAGGAUGAUGAGGAAGAGCUACCAAAUGUUGCACACCUCUCCAUCAACCCUUGUACGGUUGAGCCUCCAAGCUACCCAGCAUUCCCAGCCAACCCAGUUGAUACAUUCCCUCUGCCAUUCAUGCCACCUGCUUUUCCUGAUCACAGCCAUAUAGCUCCUACUGUGAAACAGGAGGAGCACCUACUCAGGGAAGCUGUUCCAAAUGGAUGUGGUCUGGGAACCAGGGUCAUAGCACCAUCUGCUGUUCCCCAAACUAUUGUCAUGCCAGACACCAUGGCGGACAGUCCUAUGCCAGAGGUGAGGCCUGAAGUAGAGAGCCAAGUGCACACAUGCCUCUCUGACCUGCUGAGCAGUCCUCAUAUGCUGCCCCUAACAGACCUCGACAUUAAGUUCCAGUAUCGCGGACUGACCGUGGGCUCUAUGACUGUGAGUAAUCCUCAGGGCUGUCGGCUUUAUUCUGGUAAUUUGGCACCAACACCGGAGCAAGUGGAGCUAUUUGGGCCCAUCACCCUGCACCAGGUGCUGUUCCCUGGAACUGCCGAGAUCCAAAAUGAGAAGCAGCGCUUCUACACUGAGCAUCUGCUAGAUGUGAUGGACCGUGGCCUCAUCCUGGAGAUCCAAGGCCAGGACAUCUAUGCUGUGCGUUUGUGCCAGUGCAAAGUGUUCUGGUCUGGGCCGGGAGUGCCCGAGGAGGGUCAGCCCAACCCGAUGGAAAGGGAGCGCAAGAUCAAUGUGUUCAGUCUCAAUAACUUUCUGCAGGGACUCAUCAUGUACCAGAAGGGUGAGGUGCCGACUCCACCACCCUUUGAAAUUUACUUCUGCUUUGGGGAGGAUUGGCCUGACAGAAAACCCAAAGAGAAGAAGCUCAUAAUUGUCCAGGUCGUGCCUGUAGUGGCGAGGAUCCUGACAGAGAUGUUCUCCGGUGAGCUCUCGUGGUCCACAGACAGCAUCCGCCUCCAGAUCUCCAACCCUGAUCUGAAAGACCAGACCGUUGAGCAGUUCAAGGAGCUCCACAGACUGUUGCAAAAUCAACAGGCCCAGGCCUCAUGGCACCAGAACAUCCACUAACAAUGUAUACUCUGUUACAUCACCACAUGAUCCAGCUGAGGAGGAAUGCAGCUGCCCUGUAUUGGUUUAAAAGAGUGCUUCUGGGAUAAUCUCCAUUUGUAUAUGACACAGUAUUGUUGUGGGGGAUUAUUUGAUUAAACAUUUUGUCCUGGUUCUUAGAAUGAAUGUCCCAUACUCCGAUUUGCCUAUUUGAGCUAUAGGUACUAUUCAGGGAAUAAUACUGAAAUGUUUACAACCUACAGUGCAUUGCAGCUUGCCUGAUGUGCCAAGUGACCGACGUUGUGAUGAUGAUCACCAUCAUUAUUACUGUUUUCUAAUAAUAAACACUGUUAUAGGAAUAGGAAUAAUAAUAAUAAUAAUAAUAAUAAUAAUAAUGUCCAAUGAAUUGGUCGUUGAAACAAGUUUCCACUCAUGGUCUUUGUUUCAAACUAAGGACUUUCCAUUUCCGUAUCUACUUGUAGUGCUGUAUUACCAAAAAUAACUACAUUGGAACCAUCAGGGCUGAUUUAAGUGUUUGAAUCUUGCAUAAAAUUGUCUGUUUUGUGCUAAAAUGUUUUAUUUUAACUGUGCAUGGGUUUCAAUAAAUAACAGACUAGUUCUGGA